AAUGGUUCGUGCAUACUAUAUGGAUAGUUCUGAUGCUGAUCAGCGAGAAGAUCACAGGCUCAACGACGCCGAUUUGAGUCUUGAUGAGUUAAAGGCAAAAACUGGCGUAAAUUACUUUUACUUCGAACCAAAUAGUGAAGAAGAUAUGGCUAAACUUGCAAAGUUAAAACAAGAAAACAAAUAUACAUUUGAAGAUGAAAUCGUCAUUGACGAAAAUAUGGCAGAGUAUGAGAAAAAGAUCAAGAUGUUCUACAGAGAGCAUAUUCACUCUGACGAAGAAAUUCGUUAUGUAGCAGAUGGCUCUGGCUAUUUUGACUUACGGGAUAAAGAAGACAAGUGGAUAAGGGUAGCUGUUUCCAAAGGAGAUUUACUAAUUGUUCCAGCAGGAAUUUAUCAUCGAUUUACCUUAGAUACUAAUAACUAUAUUCACGCUAGACGUUAUUUUGUUGGAGAGCCUGUUUGGACUCCAAUAAAUCGUCCAUGCGAAGAUCAUUCAGCUAGAAUUGAAUACCUGAAAUCUAUGGCUGUCUAA